GCUCGCUCGGAACCGUCACGUGGCAUUCAUGUCAACUAUGUACACUCCAUCCGCCAUGUCCCUUCUUUUGGUGGCAACGGGUGCAUUUUUACUUGUGCAAGGACUACGGCUGUCGCGAAACAUUGCGAAAGCACGAGCAACUGGUCUUCGAGUUGUCGUUACACCUCUUCUCGAAACGCAAGUACUCGCGCAACUUGUAACCCCUUUCCUUCGCGCGCUCUACUCGACUCACUUGGAUGCGGGUAAGGGAUGGCCCAGAUGGUGUCGAUUUAUGAUCAAAGACUGGUCCUGGGAAGACAAACGAUUCGCCCACGAGGAGUAUGGAGACACAUUUAUUUGCGUGUCCCCUGAGGGUAUGAUAUGCUACAGUGCAGAUGCGGCUCUAGCGUGGGACGUGAUGAACCGACGUUACGAUUUCACCAAACCUCGGGACAAGUACAAGAUCCUCGAGCCGUAUGGACCCAACGUAGCGACCGCCGAAGGUGCUGAAUACCGCUUCCACGUACGUAUCACAGCGCCGGCGUUCUCAGACGGCAACGGAAUCAACAAUCUUGUGUGGGAUGAGACAAUGCGUCAAACACGAGCUCUUCUGAGAGAAUGGGCGAAAGGGUCUCCAAAAGACAUACGCGAAGAUGUGAAUGCACUUACUCUGGCUGUUAUCUCACUUGCCGGGUUUGGUAGAAAGCUCGAAUCAGUGACGGAGCAGGCAAAAGACAUUCCGACCGGCUACAAGAUUAGCUUCUUACGAGCUAUUAGCGACACGACAACUUUUAUGCUGGCAAUUCUGGUAUUUCCCGCCUGGCUGCUGAGGAUUUCGCCGUACGCAAAGGCUGAACUCGCCCAUUCGCAGCUCGAUAAGUAUCUUCGACAAAUGAUUCGUGCCGAGAAGAAGAAAAUAGAGGACGGCUUGGGGGAAGAAACAAAAGGAGCGCGCCGGAAUUUACUAAAUAUGGUGGUUGAAUCAUCGUACGAGGCCGGUCAGGAGGAGGAGAAGCGGCACGCCGCAGAAAGAGAUAAGUCGGUCAGAAAACAUGCUUUCACAGAGGAUGAGGUUAUGGGCAAUUUGUUCAUCUACUUAUUGGCUGGAUACGAGACCACUGCCAAUUCCAUUGCCUAUGGUCUGAUUGUGUUGGCAUUGGAGCCCGAUCUACGACAGAGAUUGAGCGAAAGUAUUGCAAGUGUAUGGUCACGAGCCGUUGCGCAAGGACGGAAACAUUUGUCAUAUCAGGACGACUUUUCUGAGCUGCAAUAUCUGUACGGAUUCAUGUACGAGACCUUUCGUUUAUACCCCGGUGUUACCCUGAUUACCAAGUUGUGCCACCAGAGUCAGGAGGUACUCAUUGAGAAUACAUCACAUAUCCUGCCUGCAGGAUGUCGCGUCUACCUGUCCGCCCCCGGUGUUCACUACAACGAAAAGUAUUGGGAAAACCCUACUGAGCUGCGGCCUGAAAGAUGGAGCGAGUCGCGAAAAGCUGCCACCGUCGCGGCCGACAAAACCCGUCAAAUGCGUGGAACGCUACUCACUUUCUCUGAUGGCGCGCGGGUGUGUCUGGGUCGCAAAUUUGCGCAAGCUGAAUUUAUGGCUUUCUUUGCUGCACUGCUUCAUGAGUACGAGGUGUGCUUCGCAGAGGGAACCGAUGUCGAGCAAGCAAGGCGGGAUCUAAGCUGGAAGAGCUCAGGAAAAGUGACGCUAGCGCCGUUACAGCAUUUCCAGCUCAAAUUGAAGAGAAGAGAAAAGGCUGCAUAG